AUGCGAUCUCUUAGAUAUGUCAAACUGAAUAAAGGAUCUUUAGUAAUUAAAUAAGGAGACUAAAUGAAUAGAAAUAUUUAUAUACUGCUAUCAGGUUCAGCUGUUGAACUCAAAAAAAAUUAAAAUGUUUUCAGUGAGAAUAUUACAAGAACAGGAGUUAAAGAUUAGUUUGAAAUAAAAUAAUAUGCCAGUUAUAUAGACUCUAUAUCAAAAGAAAAUUAAGAACUGUACUUAGAAGGAGAUGAAAUAGUUAAAUUUUUAAACGAGUAUGGUCCUGAUUUUACAGAAAUUGAUAUUGGUGAAGCAUCAGGAGAAAGUGUUUUAUAUGAAAAGGGUCCUAGAACAUGCACUUUACUAACCAUUACUGAUGCUGAGUUUGUCACUUUUGAUAAAAAUACAUUUUGGAAAUUAUAAGCACAAAACAACCUAUAAAAAAAAAAGAUCAAAGAAAUAAUAUAGAAAGCUAUCAAUAUAAAUUAUGAUAUCUAUAACUAAAAUACUAUCACUUAAAUCGUAUCCAGUUUUUAACUUCAGAAAAUUUAGAAAGAUGAAUUCCUUUUCGAAGAAGGAAGCAUAAAUGAAAUAGUAUAUAUUGUUUAGGGAUCAUGUGAGAUAUAAAUGAAGUAUUUCAUUAAAAAGAAUUUUAAGAAAUCAAUUUCAAAAGAUCUAAAAGGUACUCUUGUGAUAGAAAAUUUAACAAAUGGGAUAUUUUUUGUUGGAGAUGAAAUCAUUUUCGAAAGCUGGAAGAAAUAUAAGUAUUCUGUAAGGAUUACAGCUAAAAAUAGCAUUGUAUACUCAACAAAUAUUAAAGAUAUAGAAAAACUCUAUGACUAAGCCACUCUUAACCAUAUGAAAGAAGAAUAUUUAAGGAAAAUGAUAGUUUACAAAAGAUUAUAUGAUAAAAAGUUGUAAGAUAUCAUUUAAGAUAGUAAAAAAAAGGCUGAAACUGAAAAAAUGUCUAAUAACUCUAGCAUAAUUAAAGGAAAUAAUGAUAAUUAAGAUCAUGCUAGUUCAUAGAACUCAAAUAGAAAAUAAAAUACCUUAAAAAAUUUUAUCAGCUAAUCGUAAAACAAAGAACAAUGCUUGAAUUUGAAUUCUUUUCUUAAACAAAAAAGUAAAAAGAAAAAUAAUUUUGAUGAAAUUUUAUACCAAGUGUAAAAAGAUAAGCUUUAAACUAAAUAUUUAGAAUAAAACACAAUAAUUAGAAAUUGUUGCUUUUAAAUGUAAUAGCCUACUUAUUAUACUUUUCAUAGAUCUUUAACAUUUUAACCUGAAACGUAAGAGCUAGAAAAAGUUAAUUAAAACUAAAUAAGCUAAAAAAAUACUUUGAAUCUUAAUCUUUAUCAGUAGAUUUUUGAUCAGAAUCAAUUACAGAAUGAAAAACUUAUGAGACAGCACUCUCUGGAAAACAAAACUGUUUAUAAUAAUUUGAUAGCAAAUCAUCUUGAAUAAGAAGAGUGGUUUCCAUAACAAAAUGAUAAAAUAUACCUAAAAAAGGCUAAAUAGAGAUCAAUUAGAAUCAGUCCUGAAGGAACACUUUUAUAAAAAUUAGAUUCAAAUUAAUACACUUAAGAACCUAUCAGUCAAAAAAGUGCUUUUUAUUCAAACUAAACUGAUUCAUUUUAAUUAAGCCAAUCAAAAAUUAUUGAUGGAAAUGAAGAAAAUAAUUCAAAUAACAAUUCAUCAAAAUAGAGUUCUUAUGAAGAGAGUCCCUACUAAGCAUAUGUAUCUCUAAUGUCUUCUGAGGUCAAAUAAUAAACAAACUUAGAUAAGUAAUACAGUUAGCGUUAAAAAAGCUAUAAUGACUCGAAAAAAGCAUUAAAUUUCUCUUCAUAAAUGCAGUUUUAUUAACAAGAAAAUAUCAAUAUUCAAGCUAAAACAUUACCCAAUUUGAUGAGAAAUAAAAAUACCUAGAAAGAAAUUUUCUAGUAAGGUGAUAUAUAAAAUUAAAAAUUGUAAGGACUGUAAACCAAAGUUUCAAAAGAAGAAACUAUUGAAAAUAAAUAAUUAAAUAAGUAAAAUGAAAUAUAAAUGAUAACAACUUAAAUAAAUAAUUAUUACUCUGAAAACAACAAAAACAAUCAAAAUGAUUUAAAUGUAUUUUCUAAUUAAAAUGAUAAUAAGCUAAAACUAUUAAGCUAAAGCUUAAAUAUUGAUCAAAACAACAAAACUUAAUAACAAAUUGAAUAUUCUUAAAAUAUUAACCCAAUAAGUACAACUAAAUAAAUACCUAUCCUCAGUAAUACGGCAUAUAAUUUAUUUAAUAUCAGCAAAUCAUUUUCUUUAGAAAAGCAAAAUAAUUUCAAUAAUCCUUUGAAUUGCUAAAAUUUGUCAGAAAGUUAAAUUUUCUUACCUUUUUCAUAAAAAUAAGAGAGGAUUAAAAAGGGAUUAGUUUUAUCAAGAAAAGACAAUUAGAAUUUCUAUGAUGUUGAUUUUAAUUUAAGAAUGUCAUCUGCUAAAUCAAGAAGAAUUCAUGACUCAAGUCCUGAAAACAAAGAUACUUACUAUGGUAUAGCAUAUAAAAAAAGGAUACAUUUUUAAAAAAAUGUGUAAUUUACCCAGUAAAAAGUAUGA